AUGGCCGAUGGCACGGGCGGUUGCGGGUGGCUCGGCGUGGGACACAUGGAUAGGAGAGGUCUCGAUAUCUCCUUUCUUCACGGAGGGGAGGGAGUAGAAGAGGUUAACCUUCUGGUUGGAAACAAUGAUGAUAGAACUGAGCAGUUUAACAAUGCCAAGAGAUUAUUCCUCAAGGUCUACAUCAUUGUCUCAUGUGCAGCAUACUUCGAAGGCUAUGGCUUCCGUGGAAGUACUUUCGAGCAGACUUAUCGCUGCUAUCCUGCAUCCUUCAUUGACAAGCCACAGCUUGAGGCUGGUGACAAAAUUAUAAUGCCACCGUCAGCUCUUGAUCGUCUCGCAUCUCUGCAUAUUGAAUACCCUAUGCUAUUUGAAGUUCACAAUGCAGCAGCAGAACGGACUUCACAUUGUGGUGUUCUGGAGUUCAUUGCAGAAGAAGGCAUGAUCUACAUGCCAUAUUGGAUGAUGCAAAAUCUUCUUCUGCAAGAGGGAGAUAUGGUGUUCAUAAAAAACGCCAACCUCCCCAAGGGCACAUAUGUGAAGUUGCAGCCUCAUACAACAGACUUUCUAGAUAUUUCAAAUCCCAAGGCAAUCUUGGAGAAAACUUUGCGGAACUUUUCUUGUCUAACUACAGGUGACAGCAUUAUGGUAGCGUAUAAUAACAAGAAGUACUACAUUGAUAUAGUGGAGACAAAACCCUCCAAUGCUAUAAGUAUUAUUGAGACUGACUGUGAGGUUGACUUUGCUCCACCACUUGACUACAAAGAACCCGAGCCAGUAAAACCUUCUGUUCCUGCAAUCACAGAACCUACUACUGAGGCUCCAGCUGAAGAAGAACCAAAGUUCAUCCCCUUCACUGGUUCAGGAAGGCGCUUGGAUGGGAAGCCUUCCAAAGAUAAAGAUGUGCUGGCCCCAUCCCCUGCAAAGCGUCAAGCUAAUGCGACCAAUGGUGUGCAGCCCUCAACAGCCACCACAUCACAGGGAAGUUCAUCGCGCAAGACCACAGGAAAACUUGUCUUUGGCUCUGGUGGAAGCCGAGCCGAAAAGGCACCUGAAAAGGAAGCAGAGGAGCCCAAGAAAGAAGACCCAAAAUUCACAGCAUUUACAGGAAAGAAAUACUCAUUGAAGGGCUGA